GGGAAAACCUGGCUGCAGGGAAGUUUUUCACCGUUUGAGGGGAUAUGGCAUCCAAAACAAAGAAGAGCAAGGAUGAAGAGGCACCCCAAGAAAGCAGCGACACGGAGGACCCCGUCCGGGAGAGGAAGCUGUACCUGCAGGAGGAAUGCAGGAUCAUCUCACAACACCUGGACACCUACAUGGGCAGGGCGGAGCAGCUCCUGCAGGGCACCAAACAGCUGGAGAAGGAAGCCCAGCGCACCCAGGAGCAGAGCCAGUCCUACCUGUGCUGCGGAGCAAAGCUCAGCCAGGACCCCCCGGGCAUGGUCAUCACCCUGAGCGACCAGAACCGCCAAGACCUGGCCCAGAUCCAGGCGCAGAAGGAGGAGCUGGUGCCGCGCUAUGCCGGCAAGGAGCAGGAGGUGCGGGGCGCCCUGGAGGACACGGAGGCCGAGGCCUCGCACCUGGACACGGAGCUGCAGCAGCUGGAGCCCUACAAGGAGCAGAAGGUGCAGGCGGAGAAGAGGGUGAAGGCGCUGGAGAAGGAGCUGCGGGUGACCAGGAUCCGCUGCGCCGAGGAGACCCACGCCGUGAGGAGCAAGUUCCUGCAGGACAAGGCCGAGUGCGAGCAGCAGUUCCACCGCAGGAUGCAGCAGCUCACCUGGGGCGCGCAGGAGGUGGCCAUGAGGGCCCUGAUCCAGCACGUGGAGCAGGUGAAGGCUGAGAACAGGCUCCUGCGCCACGAGCUGCUGGGCCUCCUGCAGCACUGCCAGCUCCUCAGGGACACCAGGAUCCAGCUGCAGGACCAGCAGGAGCAGCUGCUCCGGGAGAACCGCUGCCUCCAGCUCACGCCAGCGCGGCGCCGCAGGAACAGCCUGCCCUGCUUGCCCGUCAGGGCCAGCCACUGA